GCUCCGUGUUUAGUGAUGGCGGGUGCUGGACGCGGGGCGGCGGGGUCCGUGAGGACGGCAGGGCCCGGGAACCCGGGCCGACCGCAGGCGCGGUGGCGGCGGCAGCAGGAGUUGCGGGGGAAGCAGUGCUUGGCUCCGCGGCCGGGGCAGCGCAGCAAAGAAAAGAAGAAAGUGAAUUGCAAGCCCCAAAACCAGGACGAACAGGAAAUCCCUUUCCGUCUCCGGGAGAUCAUGAGGAGCCGCCAGGAGAUGAAAAACCCGAUCAGUAACAAGAAGAGGAAGAAAGAGGCCCAGUUGGCUUUCAGAAAGACCCUGGAGAAGGAAGCUAAAGGAGUAGAGCCAGACAUCGCCGUCCCCAAGUUCAAGCAGAGGAAGUGGGAGUCUGACAGGGCCUAUGUCCAUCGCAUGGAGCAAGAGGCCCAGCAUGUGCUGUUCCUCAGCAAGAACCAGGCCAACCGGCAGCCAGAGGUGCAGGUAGCUCCCAAGAAGGAGAAGUCUGAGCGGAAGAAAGCGUUCCAAAAGCGGCGACUGGAUAAAAUCCGGCAGAGAAAGGAGGAAAAAGCAGCAGAAAGGCUGGAGCAGGAGCUGUUCCAAGACACCGUGAAGUUCGGUGAAGUUGCCCUGCAGCCUCCAGAGCUGACCGCCAAGCCCAGGAGGAGCAUAGCCAGGGACCAGCCUGGCAAGAAAUCGCUGAUGCUGAGGAUGCUUCUGAGCCCUGGUGGCGUGCCCCAGCCUGGGACCACCUCGCUAGCGCGACAGCGGAUCGUGGGGGAGGAGAGGGAGCGGGUCGUGCAGGCCUACCGAGCGCUAAAGAAGCAGAAGCAGCAGCAGCAGCAGCAGCAGCAGCAGCAGCAGCAGGGGCUGCAGCCACCAGGGCUGCCCCACCUCACCUCCAGGAGGAAGCCAGAGACACGGCCGUGAGGGGCCUGGCCACACUUCUGGGAUGGCGCUGGGGCCAUCACACCUGCAGAGAUGGCAGGUCCUUUUCCUGGGACACGUUCUCAGUGCCAGGAGAGGUCUCCAGGUCUCUUCUCCCUUGUUUUCCCCCCAAAGCCUGCUCUUUCAUGAGUGACCAUCCAUGGGCCUAUGUCCUGCACGGGAGGGUGCUGCCCUGUGGACCCCACAGACAGGAGCCAGGCUCCACUCACAGCUUUGUUUGUUCAUUCUGAAAGAAAAAUCCAGGCUGAGAAACAACCCAGUUCCGCUUUAGGGCUGACCCAAUCCCAUAAUCCUGUCCCUGAACACCAAUGAAUGGUAGAGACUGCUUAUUUAGGUCCCUUCCUCACCCAUGGGCCUGUGCAGGGGACCAUGAGAACAGGCCCAGUGCUCACCCCACCAAGGUUGUCUGGGUGGAUGUGGAUGGCAGCAUUUACACCAACGGGGUGGGGCAGGUCAUCCCCAUGGGGCAGGCCUCAGGCAGGUCCAGAGCCUGAGCGGUCAGAGGGCAGGGCCUUGCCAGGUUUCUCUCUUGCCCCAAAGGGGAACACUGGGCCUCAGCCUCUCCAGGUGAGGGAGGAACAUGAGGCAGUGGAGGCCGACUGUUCAUUGGCCACCGGGCCCCUGGCCGCCUCCCGUGAGUGCUCUGCCACUCCCGAACCUGGUCCCAGAGAGAGCUCAGGAAAUGGUAUCUCAGCCUGGCUGAGCAGCCCUGGAGAGUGUGAGAAGCAGUGUGUGAUCUUUUUCUGUCCUUCCCCAACUUUGCAUUUUUUAGAAUGUUUACUUUAAAAUCAAAAAAUUUAAAUUGGGGAAGCUAUACCUGUGGUCGUUUCCAUGUGAUCAGAUUCUGCCACCUCAUGGCGCGCUGGUGGGUGGCCCCAGCCUCUGCACCUGGAUGGCAGGGGUGACGGUUGCCUUCAUAGUGGCCUGAACUCACUGCCAGGCCUCCUGCAGCAGUUGAGGGUGGGUGGGGACAGGAGUGGCCAUCGGGCAGCACUCCCACUUAUUGAGUGAUCCCAGUCGUCUGUGAUGAUUUUAGAUGUCGACUGACUGGAUUAAGUCAGUCAGAUUUUUUUUUUAAUUUGAAUUUUGAUAUUUUAGAUUUUUAUUUAUAAAUGUUUUAAAAAGUAUAAAAUGUUAUAAUUAUACCAUAGUACAAGAAGCACAGCAGGGUUUCUUCUCGUCUGCUUGAAGGAAGGUCUUCACUUGGGUUGGUGAACACAGCAUGAGUGUGGACUCACGGGGCAUGUGGCAUGUUGUCCUCAGUGUUGAUUGCCAGCCUGUAGGGUUCUUUACUAAUAAGGAAUGCCCAGUGUGUCCAUCACCAUUUGAAUAGCUUGUGGGGGGGGUGUGUGAUUUCUUCCAUGCUAUCUCAAAACCCAAUCUAGCUUAAGUCUUGAAACUAUUCUGGUCCUUACAGCUGUUUCUGGAAAAAAGGGAAUGCUUACAGAAGAAUUCUUUUGUUUAUAAAGCAUUCUUUCAUUAUCCAUGUUGUGUUUACGGGCUGUAAGUUUGUAGAGACUAUAAAUACGGUCAACAACUUUGGACCUACUUCGUACAUCAGAGGCUCAAUUUGUUGUUUUCAAUAAAAUAGCCAACAAACAAGUUUUUGUGAAAAUGCUUCAA